AUGGGCGAUCCCCCAUGUAAGAGUGAGGUGGAGGAGGACAUUCCAGUCCAUGUGACCACAGAUUAUAAAGUAAAAGGUGAAGAUAUCGGGCUGCGCUCUUCAGGAGAGAACUUCAUUACCCAUAAUGUACAUCCAGGACUUCAAAGUAGAGAGCCAUCAUAUAAUCCUCUUAAUCAUGAGGAACCUUCUCCGGAUCAAUCACAGACUGUUACCAAAAGUACCGGACAGAAAGAGGGUCUAGGAUUUCAGUGCGAGGAAUGUGGAAAACAGUUUACACAACACUCUAAUUUAUAUACACACCGAAGACUUCACACAGGGGAGAAGCCGUAUUCAUGUUCAGAAUGUGGAAAAUGUUUUAUAUAUAAAUCACUGCUUGCUAAGCAUGAGAGAAUUCACACAGGAGAGAAGCCGUAUUCAUGUUCAGAAUGUGGGAAAGGUUUUCUUUAUAAAGAGAGCCUCAAGGUGCAUCAGAGAAGUCAUACAGGAGAAAAAACAUUUAUAUGCACCAAAUGUGGUGACUGUUUUACAAAAAAGUCAGGUCUUGUUACACAUGAGAAAAUUCACACAGGAGAGAAGCCACUUUGAUUUUCUUCAUGUGAAAAAGAGAAUCAGAAUUAUAGAAACGAAAUUCUUGUUUGGAAUGUGAGAAGUGUUUACAUGCAUUAAACAGCCUAUAUGAGAGUAUAUUUUUCUGCCAGAGACCCAAAUAAUAUUUCCCCGAGGUCAACAGUGACCAGGAUCCUUGGAGGAAAAGUAUUGUGGAUAUGAGGAAAAAGAAGAAGUAGAGCGUUGUUUACUGUCAGAGCCGUGAAGAUAAAUUGUCCCAUGGACCUUGCUUCUUACCGUAUUCAUACCACCACCAGCACUGCAGGAGAAUCCAGAGGGACACAGUGAGAAACAGAAGGACACCUCCUGUAGACUUUUAUGUAACCUAUGUGGACAUAUGGAAUGGGUAUUUGCUCUUCAUUAAUACAAUAUCUCAAGAUAAAGGUGAUGGGGGAAAAUCA